UGCGCGGUAGCGCUGCGGAGCGCUGACGGGCUGAGCCCGCGGCGCUGGGAGCCGGGCGGUAGUUGGCACUGAGGUGGCAGGGAGUCGCGGCGAAGCCUCUGGACAUCUCCUGCGGGGCGAUGUUUCUGGACCAGAUGAAGCCUGAGGAGCCUCCCAGCUGUGAGAUACUGGGAUAGGACAACCUGAGUCUGGAUCCACAGAAGACUCGCCUCGCCUCUCCGCACAAUGUCAGGAAGCCAUGUACCCUCUGCUUGCGGUCCCUUCUCAGCCCUGACUCCAAGCAUGUGGCCCCAGGAGAUCCUGGCCAAGUACACACAGAAGGAAGAGUCGGUGGAGCAACCAGAGUUCUACUAUGACGAGUUUGGCUUCCGGGUGGACAAGGAAGAUGGUGCCGACCCCAGCCCCGGCAGGCUGCCGGCCGUGUCUCUGAUGGAGGACCCUCCGCAGCGGCUGCGGUGGCAGGCCCACCUGGAGUUCACCCAUAACCACGACGUGGGCGACCUCACCUGGGACAAGAUUGCCGUCUCCCUGCCCCGCUCUGAGAAGCUCCGCUCCCUGGUGCUGGCUGGCAUCCCACACAGCAUGAGGCCACAGCUGUGGAUGCGGCUCUCCGGGGCCCUGCAGAAGAAGAAGGGCUCCGAGCUGUCCUACCGGGAGGCCGUGAGGAACAGCUCUAACGACGAGACCAUUGCUGCCAAACAGGCUCCCUCCGGGUCUCUGUGCUGGCGUGUGGCCCGCGGCCACAUCUCACAGCUCCUGUUGUGGGCGGGCCGCCGGCAGAUCGAGAAGGACCUGCUCCGCACGAUGCCCAGCAAUGCCUGCUUCGCCAGCGUGGGCAGCGUCGGGGUACCGCGGCUGCGCAGGGUCCUCCGAGCGCUGGCCUGGCUCUACCCGGAGAUCGGCUACUGCCAGGGCACAGGCAUGGUGGCCGCCUGCCUCCUGCUGUUCCUGGAGGAAGAGGAUGCCUUCUGGAUGAUGUGUGCCAUCAUCGAGGACCUGCUACCUGCCUCCUACUUCAGCACCACCCUGCUGGGCGUCCAGACAGACCAGCGAGUCCUGCGCCACCUCAUCGUCCAGUACCUGCCUCGCUUGGACAAGCUGCUCCAGGAACAUGAUAUUGAGCUGUCUCUGAUCACACUGCACUGGUUCCUCACGGCCUUCGCCAGCGUGGUGCACAUCAAGCUGCUGCUGCGCCUCUGGGACCUGUUUUUCUACGAGGGCUCCCUGGUGCUCUUCCAGGCCACGCUGGGCAUGCUGCGCCUCAAGGAGGAGGAGCUGAUUCAGUCAGAGAACUCGGCCUCUAUCUUCAACACGCUGUCAGACAUACCCUCGCAGAUCGAAGACGCGGAGCUGCUGCUGGGGGAGGCCAUGCGGCUGGCUGGCUCCCUCACUGACAUGGCCGUGGAGACCCAGCGCCGCAAGCACCUGGCUUACCUCAUCGCAGACCAGGGCCAGCUCCUGGGGACCAGCGCCACCACCAACCUCUCUCAGGUGGUUCGUCGCAGGACCCAGCGGAGGAAGUCUGGCCUCACCUCCUUGCUCUUUGGGGUAGACGACCUGGAGGCACUCAAGGCCAAGAACAUCAAGCAGACGGAACUGGUGGCUGACCUCCGGGAAGCCAUCCUGCGCGUGGCACGCCAUUUCCAGUGCACAGACCCCAAAAACUGUAGUGUGGAGCUGACCCCAGACUACAGCAUGGAGAGCCACCAGCGGGACCACGAGAACUACGUGGCCUGCUCACGUAGCCACAGGCGCCGGGCCAAGGCCCUGCUGGACUUUGAGCGGCACGAUGACGAUGAGCUGGGAUUCCGCAAGAAUGACAUCAUCACGAUUGUUUCCCAGAAGGAUGAGCACUGCUGGGUGGGGGAGCUGAAUGGCCUGAGAGGCUGGUUUCCUGCCAAGUUUGUGGAAGUUCUAGAUGAACGGAGCAAAGAGUACUCCAUCGCCGGGGAUGACGCUGUGACGGAGGCGGUCACGGACCUCGUGCGAGGGACCCUCUGCCCGGCCCUCAAGGCCCUGUUUGAACAUGGACUGAAGAAGCCAUCUCUGCUUGGGGGCGCCUGCCACCCCUGGCUGUUUAUCGAGGAAGCAGCAGGCCGGGAGGUGGAGAGAGACUUUGACUCGGUGUAUUCGCGCCUGGUGCUGUGUAAGACGUACAGGCUGGAUGAAGAUGGCAAAGUUCUGACCCCAGAGGAGCUGCUCUACAGGGCUGUGCAGUCUGUGAAUGUGACCCAUGACGCUGCACACGCACAAAUGGAUGUCAAGCUCCGCUCCCUCAUCUGUGUGGGGCUCAAUGAGCAGGUGCUGCACCUGUGGCUGGAAGUGCUCUGCUCCAGCCUGCCGACCGUGGAGAAGUGGUACCAGCCCUGGUCCUUCCUGCGCAGCCCCGGCUGGGUCCAGAUCAAGUGUGAGCUCCGUGUCCUCUGCUGCUUCGCCUUCAGCCUCUCCCAGGACUGGGAACUUCCUGUGAAGAGAGAGGAAGAGAAGAAGCCCCUGAAGGAGGGCGUCCAGGACAUGCUGGUGAAGCAUCACCUUUUCAGCUGGGACAUAGAUGGCUGAAGCUCGUCCUCCAGUGGCCCGGUCAUGCCAGGCUUCCCCGACCCAUUGGCUACUAGAGCAGCUCCUUCCUCAAGAACAGCGCUGGCCCGGGCCCAACCCAAGCUUCAGGGUCAAGGAAAGGAGACACUCUGGCCAGGCAUCAUGGUAGGGAGAUAGAAGACGCCACCCUGGGCACCCCAGAGCGUCUCUGGAGGGCAGUGGGUGGCAGGAGCAGAAGAUUGGGGCCCAGGCCCCAAGCUCACCGUUUGUACUGACCAAAACCUUGCGAAGAGGUGCAGAGCCACCUCUGUCAGUCUUUCCUCAGGAAGGGCUCGGGGGUGGUAAAGGCUCCUUGGUUUGUAAAUAAACUGGCUUUAAGAAAGCA